GAUGGUGAUUUUUCCUCUGUGGACCUGACUACUUCCAAGCAAAAGAGAGAUCACUACUCCUUGGCCAUGAUCACUUCCUCUUUUCUAAUCUCCGCGGCAGUUUUUGCCCUAAUUACUCUGCAUGUUGCUGCUGUGGACACUUUUAUAGCUGCAGUGUAUGAACAUGCUGUUGUAUUGCCAAACAAAACAGAAAUACCUGUUUCUCGAGAUGAUGCCUUGUGUCUCAUGAACAAGAAUAUAGAUAUUCUGGAGAGAAUGAUUAAACUGGCAGCCGAGCAGGGGGCUCGAAUCAUUGUGACUCCAGAAGAUGCACUUUACGGAUGGAAAUUUACUAGGGAAACUGUUUUCCCUUAUCUAGAGGAUAUCCCAGACCCUCAGGUGAACUGGAUUCCAUGUCAAAACCCCUACAGAUUUGGUGAUACACCAGUACAAGCAAGACUCAGCUGCCUGGCCAAGAACAACUCUAUCUAUGUCUUGGCCAAUAUUGGGGAUAAGAAGCCAUGUAGUUCCCGCAACUCCACAUGCCCUCCUAAUGGCUACUACCAAUACAAUACCAACGUGGUGUAUGACACAGAAGGGAAACUGGUGGCCCGUUACCAUAAGUACCACCUCUAUUCUGAGCCUCAGUUUGAUGUCCCUGAAAAGCCGGAGUUGGUGACUUUCAACACCACCUUUGGAAGGUUUGGCAUUUUCACAUGCUUUGAUAUAUUCUUCCAUGAUCCUGCCAUUACUCUUGUGAAAGACUUCCAUGUGGAUACCAUACUGUUUCCCACAGCCUGGAUGAAUGUUUUGCCCCUUUUGACAGCUAUUGAAUUUCAUUCGGCUUGGGCAAUGGGCAUGAGAGUUAAUCUUCUUGUGGCCAACACACAUCAUGUCAGCCUAAAUAUGACAGGGAGUGGUAUCUAUGCACCAAACUCUCCCAAAGUGUACUAUUAUGACAUGAAAACACAGUUGGGAAGGAUCCUCCUUUCGGAGGUGGAUUCGCAUCCCCGAGCCUCUCCUGCCUACCCAGCGGCAGUGAAUUGGAGCGCCUACGCCACCGCCAUCAGACCUUUCCCAGUACAGAAAAACACUUUAGGAGGAUUUAUUUCCCGGGAUGAGUUCAACUUCACAGAACUUUUUGAGAAUGCAGGAAAUCUUACAGUCUGUCAAAAAGAGCUCUGCUGUCAUUUAAGCUACAGAAUGGUAGAAAAAGAGGAGAAUGAAGUUUACGUUCUAGGAGCAUUUACAGGAUUACAUGGCCGAAGGAGAAGAGAGUACUGGCAGGUAUGCACAAUGCUGAAGUGCAAAACUACUAAUUUGACAACUUGUGGGCGGCCAGUAGAAAUUGCUUCUACAAGAUUUGAAAUGUUCUCCCUCAGUGGUACCUUUGGAACAGAAUAUGUUUUUCCUGAAGUGCUACUUACUGAAAUUCAUCUGUCACCUGGAAAAUUUGAGGUGCUAAAAGAUGGGCGUUUGGUAAACAAGAAUGGAACAUCUGGGCCUAUCCUAACAGUGGCACUGUUUGGGAGGUGGUACGCAAAGGACUCCAUCUCCGUUUACAACUCAUCUGGGACCAGCAAUUCAGCAGUAACUUACCUGCUGAUAUCCACAUUAUUAAUGAUUGUAGCCUUGUAGGAUAUCUCUUUAUCACAUGCAUGUUUUGCAUCAUAUAUUUUACUAAAUGUGUUUAUCAGGCUUUCAAGUUUUACAAGGAACUUUGAAGGGCUAUCUUAGUAGUAUAGACCAAUGAUUCCUAAAUGUUUUUUUUUUUUCUCAUAAAGGAUUAUUUUUAA